GGGUGGGACAGGGAUAUCCAUGGGGCAGAAGCCCCUCUCCCAGAUCUCAGCUGCUGUCUUUGUCCUGGUGGCUUCCUCGAGGUGCAGAGGAGAGGGCUGGGGCUCUCGUGGAAAUCAUGGAGAGCUGAGCCCUGCUGAGCCCCGCCAGCACUGCCAGGCACGUGAGGACCCAAACCACCCACAAAGGCGGAAAUUGCCACGGCAGAGCCUCUCCUCCAGCAACAAAGUGGUUAAUGCCAGGUGCUGUUCUCACCCGGCCUCUCCAGCCUCAGCCCUGCUACCUCCUGGACGAGCGCUCUCCUGGGCAGGUUGCUGGUCUGGGGCCAAGGGGAGGGCCAUACGGGGGACUCCGGGGCAGCCUUUGUCCCAGGCACCGAGCGCCACGCUCCAGGUUGGAGGAAGAAUGGAGUACAAAGCCAAGGUCAUUGCAGGUCUCCUAGUAGCCACCUGCGUCUUCAGUAUCAUUGCCCUCAUACUGAGUGCCGUAAAUGUGAAGGAUGUGUAUCUGCCUCCCGGCACUAAGUACGGUCUGGUGUUUGAUGCUGGCUCCACGCACACGGCUCUCUACAUCUACCAGUGGCCUGCGAACAAGGAGAAUGGCACAGGCAUUGUCAGCCAGGUGGAAACCUGCACUGUGAAUGGAUCUGGCAUCUCCAGCUACGCAGAUGACCCCGCUGGAGCUGGAGCCAGCCUGAAGCCCUGCCUGGACAAGGCCAUGACGAUCAUCCCUGCAGGGCAGCAGCGGGACACCCCCACCUACCUGGGGGCCACAGCGGGCAUGCGGCUGCUGAGGGAGCAAAAUAGCACAAAAGCUGAGCAGGUCUUCACUGAGGUCACCAAGGCCAUUCGAGAGUACCCAGUGGACUUCCGUGGAGCUCAGAUCCUCACAGGGAAUGAGGAAGGCUCCUUCGGCUGGAUCACUGUCAACUACCUGCUGGAUACGCUCAUCAAGUUUUCCUUUGCAGAAAAAUGGGAACAUCCACAGGGCACAGAGGUUCUGGGAGCUCUGGACCUUGGAGGUGCCUCAACACAAAUAACGUUCCAGCCCGGAGUCACCAUUGAGGACAAAAACACAUCUGUCCUCUUCAGGCUGUAUGGCACCAACUACUCGCUCUACACCCACAGCUACCUCUGCUAUGGGCAGACGCAGGCCUUGAAGAUGCUAAUGGCAGCUCUCCACCAGGGCAACCUAUCUUCCCAGCACAUAUCUCACCCCUGCUACCCCAGGGGAUACCAGGAGAACGUCACCAUGGCAGAGCUCUACAACAGCCCCUGUGUCCCCACACCGAGCACACCCAGCCCUGCACAGGUCCUCAUGGUAACGGGGACAGGGGACCCAGCGGCAUGCAGCACUGCCAUGCAGAAACUCUUCAACUUCACCUGUGGGACCAACAGGACGUGCGGGUUCAACGGGGUUUAUCAGCCGCCUGUGCGGGGCCAGUUCUUUGCAUUUGCUGGGUUCUACUAUGCCUUCCACUUCCUGAACCUGACCAGCCAACAGUCUUUAACCCAUGUCAACACCACGGUUCAGGCCUUCUGCAAGAAGACCUGGCAAGAGCUGGUAGAGACCUUCCCGCAGGAUGAAUACCUACAGACAUAUUGCUCUGUGGCAACUUAUAUCUUGACGCUGCUGGUUGAUGGCUACAAGUUCGAUGAACACACAUGGAGCAGCAUCCACUUCAUGCAGAAGGCAGCAAACGCAGACAUCGGCUGGACGCUGGGCUUCAUGCUGAACCUCACCAACAUGAUCCCCACGGAGCCUCUGGAACAGUUCAAGGGGCACCAGCCCAGUCUGUGGGCAGGUGCCAUCUCCUUCAUUGUGCUGGCCAUAGUUGUGUGCCUGUUGGCAAUUCUCCUUCAGUGUUUCUGGAAAUCCAAGUAGCUCCCAGUAUCCAUGCUAGGGUCACCCUGCCCACUAAACCAGACAGGGAAAGUGGUGCAAGAGAAGGUGGAAGGGGAAGACGGUGAAGGGCAUUAGACUCACCUCCACUGCUCUGGAGGCCCACUUGAGCCACCUCUGUAAAGACAUCAAAGAUGGCAAAGGCAUCUUGAGCUCCCUACGCACCUCUAAGAGGAAGAAAUGCCCGACUCCAAGAAUGUCUUCAAUCAGGCUGACAAAGGCCAACCGAGACAAGGUGGCUAGAAGAUGAAGCCAUAUAAAUUCAAACUAUAAAUAAACCUCUUUUUGUUUUUCAAACACAAAGGUUACUAA